AUGGAGGAGCUGUGGCCCUGGCGUUGCAACCAGUGCCAUCGAAUAAACAAGAAGACUGCCAUCCAUUGCGUCAUCUGUCAUGGUCACUGGACCAAUGGGGAACGACACAGUACACAGCCCAAGCAGACCUCGCAAAGGAACGAGGCCAAUGCCUGGGAAGAAUGGUCCCGGUCAUGGGACGACCAUCAACAGAACUGGGAAUGGAAUCAGCAUUCAAGAUCAGCCUCAAGAGCAAGUACGCACAGCUCUCGAAGCUCACACAGUGCAAAGCCCAUUGCCCAGACCAAACACAACAAGGGGAAGGGGAAGAAAAAAUCCAAGAACCUCAGCGAAGGGAAAAGCAAAGGCACAGGUGGAGGUGCGAUUGCAAAUUCGCCCUUUGCGCCCCUUGCCACAGAAAUGCCACCUUGGCCCACCACGGAUUCGGCUGUGAACCCACUGAUGCCGCAGGGGCCCUCUCUUUCCUCCCAACAAGCUAUCGAUGCUGUUGCCCAGAAAAGAGAAGUUGUACAAGCCCUACGUGCCGCUUAUCCAGACAGUGCCAACACGCCGGAGGACACCAAGGAGCUGAUCGACAAGAUGGAGAAGGACAUAGAGAAAUUGGAGAAAGAGAACUCCAAGGCCACUACCAAAAAUCUCCAUUCAGCCACGAAAGCCUUAGGAAAGGCCCAGAAGACGCUCACAGAGGCGCUGGAAGCCAAAAGAGAUCACAGGCUCAGAUGGACCAAACACAUUGCCAAUGCAGCCAAAACGUGGGAGAAUCAACUCCACGAAUAUCGACAGCAACAAGCCACCUUCCAAGAAGUGGCUACGAAGGCCAGGUCAGACAUCGAACAUGCACGGAGUGCCAUCCAGUCGUUGUCAACCAAAGCCACAUCGGCCACCCUAGCAUCGAUGCCGCCGAUCACACCAAUCAGUGCAGAAACCGAAGAUACUGCGAUCGAUGUAGAUCAGGAGGCAGAAAGUGUCCAACAGCAGCUACAGUCUAUUCUCCAGAGCUGUGCGGCUUCAAUCGGAGUGGAAGUCACAACAGCUGGCCCGACAGAGACCAAUUUGGAGAUGGCAGACGACAGCCUCGAUCCGGGCACAAAGAAAAGAAUGAGUCAACAAGCGGAAAGUGCUGAUGCCUACGUGAUGUCGCAAUGGCCGAUGUCUCGUGCAGCAUGCACAGCCCAGCUUACCAAUUUUGAUUACGAUCGUUUUUUGCCGUGGCAGCACUCGAUCCAAACCAACCCGAAAUAUCAGAAUCCCUUUGAAGCAGUGCAUGAAGCAUGGGUUUUGAGCUGGAAUGUACUGUGUGAUCACUUUGAAACACAGGUGAACCGCCUUCGAUUUGAUCCUUUCAAUUUUGAACAGGCACAGUUAUUAGAUUGUGAUCAAAUUCAUGGCAAUUCCAAACAUGAGCCUAUUGAACAUGUGGAUGACACCUGUGGUGCUGGUCCCAAUUCGUUCGAACAAAGUCGACUCAAAUGUGAGAAGAGUUUUGAUUAUCAAUCCAUCACUUCCCAAACAGAAACCAAAUCCAACAAGAGCCACUGUAAACUCAGCUUCGAUCCAAAUGUAGUGAUUUACUUUGGUGUUGAGGAUGAACUACUCAUGCAUUCCUGUUCCAUGAGUUUGACCGAUCUACCGACCUGGACUCACAAACCUUGGUCAAGAAGACCUCGCAAGCCGAGUCCAGCAGAGAUCGAGAACAAGCCUCUGCACAUUGAUGCGAGGAUCGCUGAUGCACAUCACAAUGUCCCUUCAACAUGGGCCACCGAACAGACUCAGGAGCAUGAAGAACCGAUCGAAGAUCCGGAAGAUGCGAACCAUUUUCUCCAUGAAGCACCCCAAUCAAUUCAAAACCUCUUUGAUGCGAUGCAAGAAGAAGGGGUCGUGACUGGGCCACGUAUCCAGGAAAGCAUCUUCCUCAGAUCUUGGUUUGUGCAUCAUAUCCAUGCGCCUCAGUGUUUCCAGUAUCGCGUGAUUGAGAUCAAUGGACAUUGGAGACUUUGGUAUCAGGAUAUCAUUGAUGCCUGGAGGGAUCGCAUUUUACCUUUGGAGCAAGUCAUCUUUGACAUUGUUCACCCAAACCCACCACGAACGUCUGCCAGCCAUGAGUUUUUAUUUGACUUGAUAGUUUCACAGGGGAUCCAAGCACCAAGAAGAGCUGGUCUCGUAACUAUCUUGCAAAGAGAUGAUCGAGCUGCACGAGCCUCUUAUGCAGUUGCAACAUCAUUGGCAGAGCAGACCAGUGGACAUCAGAUUGUACAAAAUGCGGAGUACCUUCAUGGAUGCCAAAUUUAUCAAUGUACCAUUCGUCACGGAAGAAUCCAAAUUCCUUUUUCUAUGGAACCUGUUCAUUUGAUGCAAGAUGGAGAUUCCUUCGUUGUGGGUGUUGCCAGUAGAGCAUCGGGAUCAACUGACACCGCACACGCCACGGUUGAAGUGAACCAUUCUUGUCAAGAAUAUGAACAGAAUGAUAGUGCCUUCGAACAAGAUGAUGAUCCAGAAAGACAAUCACAAAGUAAUGUGUCAUUUGACAACAUUCGCACUGGAGUGCACAUUCAUCGAUUGGGGCACCAGCAAAGUCAUGGCCGUAUUCGUUGGGAUACCAUUGAUCAUGUGCUCCUUGACGUUAGACAAAUUGCAGCAGCCAUCAUGAAUGGACAGGACCAGUCACGUCAAGCUGUCGAACUGAGUGACAACAAUCUAGAGGAAACCCAAUGUACAGCGGAAGAUGACGAAGAAAGCACCAGCCUCUUUCAGAUUGCCACAAGCACCAAUGUUGCAGUUCAUGAAUUCCAUGUUGUUUUACCGCCGAACCUUGAAGAGGGAAUCGCAGGGCACAUCAUCCUCAUCCAGAGCCCACGUGAAGACUGGGUCUCCAGUUUGAUCACCAUUUUCGACAAUUUCAUCGGCCGAAGAUCACAACACAUGAUGUAUGGAUUGAUGGACAUGAAAUUCAUACAGGAAGACCCUGGCCGGGAAGAUCUGGCCAUGCAAUCACCCUCCAGAUCCAUCGACGUGUUGCUGAUUAUUUAUACGGAUGGAUCAUCCAAAUCUGCCAACAGAAGGAAACCUCCGUUGCUGGUAGCCGAAAAGGAUCAACCGGAUGCAUGGUCUUUCGUUGUCCUAGGCGAAAUCUAUUCCAAGCAUGACAGACCAGGCCAACUUGCAUUUCUGGGAUGGCAAGCCCAACAAGUCAUGUACGAGAGUUACAACAACGCGUACACAGGGACAGAUCAAAUAGGAGCUGAAUUUGCAGAACGCGAAGCCCUGAUCUUCGCGGGACUGUGGAGAUUAGCGUUGAACUCCACAGUACCCACCAUCUUUCGAACUGACUCAAAUACCACGGCAGAUCAAGCGACUGGUCGAGCAGGUUUUGCAGAAGCCCAUCAAACACUCACUGCCCUUCGUGGUAUCUUUCAAGCGCUCGAGGCAGGCAUGAAGCCUGGUGAUCUUGAGCCUGAUGCACCCACAUCCACACUGCCAAAAGCCGCUCUCUCGCAGAAACCAGGUGACCUUAGCUUGAGCAUUGCCUCCUUAAAUGUAGGUUCAUUGUUCUUAGCUCCAGAUGGUUUCAGUGGAAAGUUGAGCUAUUUGAGACAACAGAUGCAAGCUCAUGCAAUCCAUGUCCUUGGCCUACAAGAAGCCCGGAGUCUACCGGGGCUCAGUACAGUUGAUGGCAUAUUGAGGAUUUCCAGCGGUGCGAGCAAUGGAGCACUUGGAGUUGAAAUCUGGAUUUCGUUGACGCAACCAAUCCUGAAACAGAAGAAACCCAACAGCUGCAUCAAACGCUCGGAUGUUCAACUUCUACAUAAUGAUCCUCGCAGGCUCAUUCUGCGUGUUUCUUGCCCUUUUCUGAAUUGCUUUUUCACAGUUUUGCAUGGACCGCAGAGUGGCAGGCCUCUUACUGAACGCCAGAAUUGGUGGGAAGAAACGCGCCACUUAGUUUCGUGCAUGUGCCAGCAUUUGCCGAACUAUGUCAUGCUAGAUGCCAAUGCAAAGACUGGACCGACAAGCCUGCCCAUGAUUUUCGAACAUGACGACAAGGUAUCAAGCAACACUGCGUUUUUCUUGGAGUUUCUCACGGACCUUGAGCUCUGUCUGCCAUGCACAAGUGCUGUUCACGCAGGCUCACAAAGUACUUGGAUCUCACCGGAUGGGCUACAAGAACACAGAAUUGAUUAUGUUGCCAUCCCACAGUCAUUGCUUGCACGCUGCACGUGGUCAUGCACUGUGCCUACAUUGGACACAGGCAAUGCACAUCACGAUCACAUUGCGACAGGUUUGCAAUUAGACUGGCAAGAUGAACAUGUUGGUUGUCGGCACCAGAAUACGACAACUCAUCAUGACCGCAGUAAAAUCCAGACAAACAAAAGCCUAAUUGAUUUGAGCUCUGCAGUUGUCCAGCCUUGGUCAUGCGACAUUGAAACACAAGUUCGCGCCUUGAAUGUAACGGUGCAUGAACAACUUCAACGUGCCUGCCCCAUUGACCGGACAAAGCCCAAGAAAGUGUUCAUCGAUGAUGCUACCUGGGCCCUGCGUGCAGAAAAGCUUGGUCUUAAAAAGAGGCUGAAAGCCGCACACAAACAAGCUCAGUUUGACUUACUCUGUAGCGUUUUCAAGCAGUGGGCAAGAAAGAUGUCUACAACAGAACAUGUGCAAGCCCAACAGCACUGUCAAUCCAUGCUUUGCCAGAUUCUCCGAAUCACGUGCCAGUACAGGCAAUGCACUCGACAGCUUAAACGCAAAUUGCAGAAACUUAAGAGUGAGCAGCUGCAGACCGCAAUCGUUGAUGCUGGCCACAAUGCUUCUGCAGGCAAACUUCUGCAUGUCAUGAAACCGUUCAUCGGAUCGACCAACCCCAAAAAAUGCAAAAAAGCUUGCCUUCCAAUUGUCAAAAAAGAAGACGGCAGCCUGUGCAUGACCCCUGUUGAGGCUCAGGAUAGGUGGAUCAGCUUUUUUCAACAGAUGGAGGGGGGUCAAAGAAUGCAGCAAGAAGAGUACAGGCAACAUUGGCUUCGAGGACUCGAGCAGUUCUUGCAGACUGAGACAUUUGAACUGCGAAUCCAAGAUAUGCCAACCCUGUGCGACCUGGAAGUUGCUUUUCGAAGAGUCCAAGUUGGCAAAGCAGUUGGCUUAGAUGAGGUGCCUCCUGAGAUUUGCCAUUACUGUCCGGUACAGCUUGCCAGACUGUGCUACCCGAUUCUUCUGAAAGCAGCCAUCCACGGUCAAGAAGCUAUAGAGCAUAAAGGAGGAAAGAUGGCCAUAGCAUGGAAAAAUCGUGGUGAUGCACAAGCCCCUGAGCAUGUGCAGAGAAUGCUCCAAGCUUUUCACAGAGAUACGUGGUUCCAAUUGGGCCAACAGACAGAUAUGGUCAGGACGGAGAUUGGCUCCCGUCCGGGAGACAGCUUCGCGGACGUGGUUUUUGGCCUGCUCUGGGCCAAAAUGCUCAAAAAAUUGGAGGUCAAGUUAGUCUUGAAUGGGAUUUUGGAAUCGAUCCCGGACAUUGACCUGCCACAGCCAUAUGUCCACUGUUGCGAUCAGACACAGCCCAGGAUCCCUCUUCUAGGACCGACCUGGAUGGAUGAUUUGAGUAUGUUGAUCUGUGCCCCAAGUAAUGCUGCACUCGUCUCCAAAACACAGACGGCCAUCAGUCUGCUAUUGGAUGAGUGUUUGGAUUUUCAAAUGGAACCAAAUCUCCGCCGUGGAAAGACCGAGGUCAUGUUUGCGUUCAAAGGUGCACAGUCACGUCACUACCGCAGACAGUACUACAGUGGCCAUGGAGGAUUGACGGUUGUGUGUGAACGGCAAACGUACGCAGUAUCUGUGGUUCCAAGAUAUCUCCAUCUAGGUGGAUUGAUUCAUCACAGAGAUGUUAACAAGCAAGAAAUCAAAAGACGUUUUGCCAUCGCGCAUCAAGCCUUCCAGCAACACAAACGAUUGAUUUAUCGGAACAAAAACCUCAGUUGGCAAGUACGCUGUGAUAUCUUCAACACACUCAUCAUGAGCAAGCUGCUCUACGGAUUUGAAAGCUGGACGUUUCCAACGGUCCAAAGCCGCUUGCAAAUCCACAAUGGAGUGAUGAGGUUGUACAAAAGGCUGUUGGGCGCUCCUCAUGAUGCGCACCUCUCUGACUUGGAUAUCCUUGUACAGACAAAUAUGCCUGAUCCAACAGAACUCCUUCGUAGAGCAAGAUUAAGAUAUUUUGGUACCUUGCACAACUGUAGAUCUCAUGCACAUUGGGGGUUACUCCAAGAAGACACAGCCUGGUUGGACCUAGUCAGAGAUGAUUUGCAAUGGCUAUGGCACCAGGUUGGUGACUCUGCACGCUUGGCUGACCCAGCCCAACAUUUCAUGCAAUGGAGGGAUAUCCUUGUGCAUCAUGGUGUGUAUUGGAAAAAAUUAAUCAGACGUGGUAUCCAACAUGCGUGCCUACAAAGAAAGAAGGAAUUUUAUGCCAUUGAUUUGCAUUCACGAAUUGGUCGUCUCCUGAUGCAAGAAGGUUGGAUUGACAACCUCCCUGACCAUGACAAGUCUGCCACACCUGCAGUUGAACGCUGUUUCGGAUGUAUGCAGUGCAAGAGAAAUUUUGCAUCAUUUGCCGGGGAAAGUGUCCACAUGUGUCGCACACAUGGAAUCUUUGCAAAAGAGAGAUACCUUUUCGAUGGAACGCAUUGUCCACAUUGUUUGAAAGAAUACCAUACGCACUCGAAAGUUCUGGCCCACCUGCGAAACACUGAACGAUGCAGGACGGAGCUUCGAAACCGCAAACUGCAUUGUCAACCUGCUCCCGGCAUUGGUUCUACCGCUGAUCGAGAGCUUGUUGAAAUCCAGGACGGUGCGCUCCCCCUGCUUCAAGCACAAGGACCGAAGCUGCAAACCCCUGUGCCUCGUGCCUGGGAUGCCUUCGACAUCCCAUUCCUCGAAGCGAUUUAUAUGCAUCUCGUUGAAUGUGAUCAGGAAGUGGUGCUUUAUGACUCUAUCCGACAUUUCAUUGGCGCCUAUCCAAUCAGUUGGACGCAAUGUCAGCUGACACUGGAAGCCUUUUGCAGUCAAUUCACUCAAGCAGAUGCUGAUGUUUUGGGAUGGUCACAUGCCGAGGUUUUGCAAUGCAUUCGAGCAAUGGCACAAGCCAGUUCCUGGGAAUUUCUUACCGACAAGAAGGCAGCUGUGGUUCACCGCAAACAGGCUGACCUUCAAGACUGGGAGAAUUGGUGCGCUGAUCUGGCAACUGCGCCACCAACCAGCUAG